UAAAGCCCUACAGACUACAGUCUAUGAGGCUACUAUCUAUUUCAAAAAUCGCGAUGAACAAUUACUAAAACACACGCCCAUCGCCUGUUCUCUAUUGAACUCCCCCACUCUCUUCUUCGCCGCGCCCUUUGCUCUUCUCAAGAUUCAUAUCAGAACCAGAGCUCUGAGGAAUCAGUAGAAAAUGCUAUUCUUCUCAUAUUUCAAGGAAAUUGUGGGGCGUGAAGUGGUUGUGGAACUGAAGAAUGAUCUAGCCAUUAGAGGAACCCUCCGUUCUGUUGAUCAGUACCUCAAUAUCAAGCUGGAGAACACUAGGGUUGUUGACCAAGAAAAGUAUCCUCACAUGUUAUCAGUGAGGAACUGCUUUAUAAGGGGUUCAGUUGUGAGAUACGUUCAGUUACCGCCAGAUGGAGUUGAUGUUGAGUUGCUUCAUGAUGCCACGAGAAGAGAAGCUCGAGGCGGCUAAAUCUGGUGCGUAGUGGUUAUAUGACUAUAUGUGUAGUGUAGCAAGCAUUAUAUGAUGAAUGUGGUGCAGACUGACUUUCCUUAAAAGCUCCUUUUUUGCUUGGUCAUUAUUAGUAGGUGCCUUGAUUCGAUGCUUUGGAAGGUUCCUUAUUUGUUUUGGGGCAUGUUAGUUUGCCAAUUUGUAAUGAUAUCAAUUAUGUGAUCUUAUACAUUUGUGAUGGUUAAUGUUUGAAAAUGGUGAGAUUGUGAGA